UUCACUCACAGCCUUACUGCUGCUCGUGCUGCCGCUAUACAGGGACACGCACUUUAAUGUUUUGCGUCUCCUUUUAAACACGCUGGGAUUAUUUCACCGCUUUUCCAGCAGGCGUGACAGUGGACUACGCAGAAAGACACCAGGGGAACUCAACAGAGGGCAUCUGAAAGAAUUUAAGGCUUGUUAUAUGUGCGCACACCCCCAGUUGCGCCCACUUCACCGGACAAAGUUUAUUUUUGUCCACGGUCCCAUGCAGCUGGACCUGAGUUUGAAUUAAAACAUCAGAUAGGAGAUAUCGGUGUAAAAGCACACAGAACAUUAAACCAUGAUGAAGACUGUAUGGAGAUAGACAUCCUCUUCCAACAAGGGAUUAGGAAUUAUAUUUUGUGACAUCCUCUUUUUCCAAGGACUCAGGUGUGUCCAAUAUCCAAAGCAAUUUCUUCAGCAUGGCAUCCAGCCUGACAUGUACAGGGAUGAUCUGGACUCUGGUGUCUCUGUUGAGUGCAGCAGCCUCCUGUGUGGGCUUUUUCAUGCCGUACUGGCUGCUAGGCUCUCAGAUGGAUAAACUGGUGUCUUUUGGCACUUUCCGGCGGUGCUCUUAUCCCGUUCGGGACGAAGAGAGGCAGGCCACAGUCAUGCUUGAGCAGUGUGGGCGUUAUGCGAGCUUUCAGGGCAUCCCGAGCAUGGAGUGGCGGAUCUGUACGAUAGUGACAGGGAUCGGAUGCGGGCUGCUUUUGCUGGUGGCGCUGACGGCGCUCAUGGGGUGCUGCAUAUCAGACCUCAUUUCCAGAACCAUUGGACGUGCAGCCGGGGGGUUACAGUUUGUUGGAGGUCUGCUCAUUGGUUCGGGAUGUGCUCUGUAUCCUCUCGGUUGGGACAGUGAGGAGGUCCGACAGACAUGCAACAAUAGUUCAAACCAGUUUGAACUCGGCUCUUGUCAGAUCGGAUGGGCGUAUUACUGCACCGGGGCGGGUGCCGCCUCCGCCAUGUUGCUGUGCACUUGGCUUGCAUGUUUCGCUGGGAAAAAACAAAAGCAAUAUCCAUACUAGAAGAACCAGCACCAGCUACAGCUCACACCGCCACCAUAGCAGGACGGAUGCCUGAGACCCGGUGAAGAUCACCACUGCUGCCCAAGGCAUGACAGUUUUCUUACAUUAAUCCAACUCCAACUCCAGUUCUGAAGCAUUCUGCAGUCAUAAAGACAUGUAUGGCUCAUAUGGACAUUUAUGUGAUAAACAUGAGCAUGAACUACUCAAAGAGAUAUGACUAUUGACAGUACUUACCAUGAUAUCUUAAAAGCCACAGACUGUUUAACUGCAAAAGGACCAAUUAUUGUUUUUUAUAACCACCUUUGUGACUUUUACAAGUAUGCUUGUUUCUUUUUUGCUUUCUCUUGAAUUGGUAUUGUAAAAGUGAGCUAUUGUUCAGGUAUGAAAAAAAUAGAUAACAAUUUACUUGAAAUCUGUAUAAUGCAUUAAAAAGGUAUUCUUAAAUUCUUAUAAGCAGUUGUAUGUUCUUUUGAAGACCUUUAAUGCAUUCAGACACAUCAAUUUCAUGUGUAAGAUUUUGUUAUAGUGCAUUCAACACUUUAAAGGUGUAACCAUGAAAAUAUAAACUAAUUUACUGUAUUAUGUAUUAACUAUGGGUAAAAUUAUUUAUAAAAAAAAGAUAUCAUGCAUUUCAGUGUGUGUUAUAAAUGAUUAUGAAUGCAUUAUAAUGCAUUAUAUAUACAGAUUUCAAAUAAAGUUUUUUAUUAUCAUUAUUGUGGAGUGUUUAUAUUUACAUAUCCAUUGUGAAAUGCAAUAAUAUUCAUGGUUAAUAUUGCUGUAUUGCUGUUUUGGUUUAAAGCUUAAUCAUUUUUACAUUCAUGUAUGUUAGAAAUAGAAAGUAAAAUAUAUGUUCUGGUAAAUAUGUUUUGGUCUUAUUGACAUUGUGUUACAAAUACAACAAAGAGGAAUAAAAAUGUAAAUAAAAUCUGUUCAUCAACACUAUUUUUUAUGUUAAAUUGGGCUGUAAUGGUUGGUUGCAACAGUGCCUACCCACUUUGUCAGCCAUUCCAGAAUUGUUUAUACCAUUCAUUUUUCCCCAUAAAAAAUCUGUCAUAUAAGAGUUCUAAACCAAGAAUCAAACCAACCAAAUACAAGGUAAAUAAUUGUGUCAUUGUAAACAUUACAAACUUUGAUUUGAAGCAAAAAAAUAUUUGAAAAUAAAAGGAUGAAGGUACAA